AUGACCGACGUACAAAAUAGUACUACGACAUCCGGUGGCAAAAAUAAAUUAGUAGUUGAUCGUGAGAAUACGGUUCCGUUUCUAUUGCGAAUGUUUUGGCAGCAAGGCGCUCAUCACCGGCCUGAUGAUUAUACUCCAGAACAUCUCCCUACUGAGAAUGAAAUACAACUAUAUACGUGGAAAGAUGCUACAUUGAAAGAAAUUGCUAAUCUUUUUAAAGAAGUGAACUUUGAAUCCACUCGUCCAAAUGCACGAAUAUCAUUUAAACUAGUUUAUAUUGAUAAUUUGCGUGGAAAAUAUGCAUUCAAAGAUUUGGGUACGGUUCAUAAUAUGACACCAACUUCUGAUGACGACAUAAAUCUUGACGAUGCAAGAUUUGUUAUCGGAGACUUUUUAGACGUGGGUGUUUUUCAUGGUGCACCUCCAAGAGCUCCUGAAAGACGAGGUAGUAUUUUAAAAGAUCGAAAUAGGGAACGAGACCGGGCAAGGAACAGCUAUCGUAGUGUCGGAAACGAUCGUCGUGAUAGGGAUCGAGAACGUGACAGAAAUAAUGAUAGAAGGGACGACCGAAGAGAUAGCAAUUUUAGGGAUAGAAGACGAUAA